AUGGCUCAGUUUCCCACAGCCGUGAACGGCCCCAACAUAUGGGCCAUCACGUCUGAAGAGCGGGCAAAGCAUGACAAGCAGUUUGAUAGCCUUAAACCCGCAGGAGGCUACAUUACAGGUGAUCAAGCACGUACCUUUUUUUUACAGUCAGGUCUACCAGCUUCAGUCCUUGCUGAAAUAUGGGCGCUGUCAGACCUGAACAAGGAUGGAAAAAUGGAUCAACAGGAGUUUUCUAUAGCCAUGAAACUCAUCAAGCUGAAAUUACAAGGACAGCACUUGCCUAUGGUUCUCCCUCCUGUCAUGAAGCAAACUCCAGUAUUUUCACCAUUAAUGUCUGCUCGCUUUGGAAUGGGUAGCAUGCCAAAUCUGUCCAUGCCAACGUCUGUGUCUGCGAUCACACCGUUAGCCCCCAUGUCCUCUCUGACCUCGGUGACUUCCAUUCCUCCUUUGGUUAUCUCUGCACCCCUGGUGCCUUCUGUCAGUACCUCGUCGUUGCCAAAUGGAACAUCCAACCUUCUUCAGCCUUUGUCUGUACCUUUCUCCUCAACACUACCCCAUACUGGUUCUUUUGCUCCCAUGACAGGAGGGCUUGGUGGUACUAAUAUACAGAAGGCACAGUCACUAAUUGAUUUGGGAUCUAGCAGUUCAAAUUCGUCCUCUAGUGCUUCACUAACUGGCAAUUCACCAAAGAUUGUAUCCUCAGACUGGGCAGUUCCUCAAGCCUCCAGAUUAAAAUAUAGGCAGAAAUUUAACAGUCUUGAUAAAAGUAUGAGUGGAUAUUUAUCAGGGUUUCAAGCAAGGAAUGCCCUUCUGCAAUCAAACCUUUCACAGACUCAGUUGGCUACUAUUUGGUCACUGGCUGAUAUUGAUGGAGAUGGACAGCUGAAAGCUGAUGAGUUUGUGUUAGCCAUGCAUCUAACUGAUAUGGCCAAAGCUGGACAGCCUCUGCCACUAACUCUGCCUCCUGAACUGGUGCCACCUUCUUUCAGAAGUGGAAAAUACACUGAAAAUAUAAAUGGAACUCUGCCAUCUUUCCAGCCUGUGCAAGAGGAGGAGCCACAGAAAAAGCAGCCAGUGACAUUUGAGGACAAAAGGAAAGCAAACUACGAGAGGGGAAAUAUGGAGCUGGAAAAACGCCGUCAGGUCCUGUUGGAGCAGCAGCAGAGAGAGGCAGAGCGUAAGGCUCAGAAAGAAAGAGAAGAACAGGAGCGAAGAGAGCGGGAACGACAGGAGCAGGAACGGAAAAAACAACUUGAAAUGGAAAGGCAGCUGGAGAGACAACGAGAGCUGGAAAGACAAAGGGAAGAGGAACGAAGGAAAGAAAUAGAAAGGCGGGAGGCAGCUAAGCAAGAACUUGAGCGCCAGCGACGAUUGGAAUGGGAGAGAAUUCGUCGCCAAGAUCUUCUUAACCAACGUAACAGGGAACAAGAAGAAAUUGUCAAGUUGACCUCUAGGAAGAAGAGCCUUAAUCUUGAAUUAGAAGCCCUAACGGACAAACAUCGUCAGAUCUCAGAGAGAUUACAAGAUAUUCGAAGUAAAAAGCAAAUUUGGAAAACUGAGCUGGAGGCUUUAGAUAAGAAAUAUGACCAAGGAAUUAUGGAAGUCAAGCAACUACAACAAGAGCUUCAGGAGUAUCAGAAUAAACUAAUGUAUUUAGUUCCUGAAAAGAAAUUGCUAAGUGAAAGAAUUAAAAACAUUCAGCUUGACAACACUCAGAGUACGGGGAUCAGUUCAGUGCACAAGAAGUCCUUAGAAAAGGAAGAAUUAUGCCAAAGACUUAAGGAACAACUAGAUGCCCUUGAAAAAGAAACUGCUUCUAAGCUCUCUGAAAUGGAUGCAUUUAACUGUAAGCUUAAGUGUGAGAAUAUGGAUGAUUCUGUUCUUCAGUGCCUUUUGUCUCUGCUAAGCUGUCUCAACAACCUCUUCCUCUUACUUAAGGACCUGAGAGAAAGUUAUAGCACGCAGCAAUUAGCCUUGAAGCAGCUCCACAGGAUCAAACAGGAUAAAAUAAGAGAAGUAGAAAAAAGAAGAGCUGAACUUGCACAGAAAAAGCGACUGGAAGAUGAGGCUGCAAGAAAAGCAAAACAGGAGAAAGAGAAUCGAUGGCAGGCAAAUAUCCGAAGGGAAGAGGAGGAGAAAAAAAAGCGAUUGGAGGAAGAACGAAUACAGGAGAAGAUCCAAGAAAAACAGAAAGCUGAAGAAGCAGUUGCUGUGAUGAGAGAAAGGGAAAAUCAGCAACAGCUUCAUGAAGAGGAGAGCAAAACCAAGCAAGCUGAGAUUCUGCGAGAAACAGAACAGCAAAGGCAGAGGCACCUGGAAGAAGAUAAAAGAAAACAAGAACAAAUAGCAAAAGCUGAGGAGAGGCGUAGGCAGAAUGAAGAACUAAAGAAAAGAAAAGAAGUGACCAGCUCUCAAGAGACAGAGAAACGUAUUUCUAAAUUAAACAUAAAUGAGAAGUUAGCAGAUCUGCUGAAACCAACAGAGAGUAAAGUUUUUAAGCCACCGUGGAAAAAUAAAGGCAGUGCAGUUAGUGCCUCAGAGCCUAGGAAUUCAGUUGCCUUGGUAAAUUACAGAGCUUUAUAUCCCUUUGAAGCAAGGAAUCAUGAUGAGAUGAGCUUUAAUACUGGGGAUAUCAUUCAGGUUGAUGAAAAAACUGUGGGAGAGCCUGGCUGGCUAUAUGGGAGCUUUCAAGGACAUUUUGGUUGGUUUCCAUGCAAUUAUGUAGAAAAAAUAUCAGAAGGAGAAAAAUCUUUAUCUCCCAAGAAGGCCUUACUUCCUCCUACAGUAUCUUUAUCUACUACCUCAGCUGCUUCAGAACCACUUUCACCAAGUAAAUCAGUAGAAGAAUCUGAUUACCAAAACAUACCUUUUUCAAGCCUGAAUGUUAAUGCAGCAUGGCAGCAAAAAUCAGCUUUUACUCGCACUGUGUCCCCUGGAUCUGUUUCACCUAUUCAUGGACAGGGACAACCUGUAGAGAACUUAAAAGCACAAGCACUUUGCUCUUGGACUGCAAAAAAGGAUAACCACUUGAAUUUUUCGAAAAAUGAUAUCAUUACUGUGCUGGAGCAGCAGGAAAACUGGUGGUUUGGAGAGGUACAUGGAGGAAGGGGCUGGUUUCCAAAAUCUUACGUCAAGCUCCUGCCUGGGAGUGAAAUCAAGAAAGAGGAACCAGAAGCGAUUUAUGCAGCUGUAAACAAGAGGCCUAAUACACAGUCUUACAUGGCUGGAGAGGAGUAUAUUGCGCUCUAUUCAUAUUCAAGCUCCGAACCUGGUGACUUGACUUUUAUGGAAGGUGAGGAAAUACUAGUGACUCAGAAAGAAGGGGAGUGGUGGACAGGCAGCAUUGAUGACAGAACUGGAAUCUUUCCCUCCAAUUACGUCAGACCAAAGGAUCAAGAAGGUUCUAGUAAUGCUGGCAAAACUGGAACAAUAAAUAAGAAACCUGAAAUUGCUCAGGUUACUACUGCCUAUGCUGCAUCCGGAACUGAACAGCUUAGUCUGGCUCCAGGACAGCUAAUACUUAUUCUGAAGAAAAACGUGAGUGGAUGGUGGCAAGGAGAGUUGCAGGCAAGAGGAAAAAAGAGACAGAAAGGAUGGUUUCCUGCCAGCCAUGUGAAAUUAUUGGGUCCAAGCAGUGAAAGAACAUCAUCUGCUGCUCCCUCAGUGUGUCAAGUCAUAGCAAUGUAUGAUUACAUGGCAAACAAUGAAGAUGAGCUCAGUUUCUCCAAAGGGCAGCUUAUUAAUGUACUGAACAAAGAUGAUGCUGAUUGGUGGCAAGGAGAAAUCAAUGGUGUGACAGGUCUCUUUCCAUCAAACUACGUAAAGAUGAUCACAGAUUCUGACCCAAGUCAGUGGUGUGCUGACCUCCAAAGCCUUGAUACUAUGCAGCCAAUGGAAAGAAAAAGACAGGGCUACAUUCAUGAACUCAUUCAGACCGAAGAAAGGUAUAUGGAUGAUCUUCAGCUUGUCUUAGAGGUUUUCCAGAAACCAAUGGCUGAUUCGGGCUGUCUCACAGAAGGAGAGAUGGGGCUGAUCUUUGUUAACUGGAAGGAACUUAUCAUGUCAAAUACAAAGUUACUGAAAGCCUUGCGAGUGCGUAAGAAAACUGGAGGAGAAAAAAUGCCAGUGCAGAUGAUUGGGGACAUCUUAGCAGCAGAACUUGCUCACAUGCAGGCCUACAUUCGGUUCUGCAGCUGCCAGCUGAAUGGAGCUUCGUUGCUGCAGCAGAAAACUGAUGAAGAUGCUGAUUUCAAAGACUUCUUAAAGAAACUCGCCUUGGACCCUCGCUGCAAAGGAAUGCCUCUCUCCAGUUUCCUCCUGAAACCUAUGCAAAGAAUAACACGCUACCCUCUGCUCAUAAAGAGUAUUUUAGAGAAUACUCCAGAAAAUCACCCAGAUCACAGUAAUCUCAAGCUUGCCUUGGAGCGUGCGGAGGAGCUCUGUUCUCAGGUUAACGAAGGGGUGCGUGAGAAGGAGAACUCGGACAGGCUGGAGUGGAUACAGUCCCAUGUCCAGUGCGAAGGUCUUGCUGAGCAACCGAUUUUCAACUCCCUCACGAACUGCUUGGGACCACGCAAACUCCUGCACAGCGGCAAGCUGUACAAGGCAAAGAGCAAUAAGGAGCUGUAUGGCUUCCUUUUCAAUGACUUCCUGCUUCUCACCUACAUGGUUAAACAGUUUGUCUCUUCCAGCUCAGAUAAACUGUUCAGCCUCAAAUCCAACUCCCAGUUCAAAAUGUACAAAAUGCCUGUUUUCCUUAAUGAAGUCCUAGUGAAACUGCCAACAGACCCUUCAAGUGAUGAGCCAGUUUUUCACAUAUCACACAUUGACAGAGUUUACACCCUUAAAACUGACAACAUUAAUGAGCGGACUGCCUGGGUCCAGAAAAUCAAAGCAGCAUCAGAGCAGUACAUUGAAACUGAGAAGAAGAAACGUGAAAAGGCUUACCAAGCUCGCUCACAAAAGACCUCAGGAAUAGGACGCUUGAUGGUGCACGUGAUUGAAGCAACAGAGUUAAAGGCCUGUAAACCCAAUGGGAAAAGCAACCCGUACUGUGAAAUCAGCAUGGGCUCACAGAGCUAUACUACCAGGACCCUGCAGGACACCUUGAACCCUAAGUGGAACUUCAACUGCCAGUUCUUCAUUAAGGAUCUCUAUCAGGAUGUCCUGUGUAUCACCAUGUUUGACAGGGAUCAGUUUGCACCUGAUGAUUUUUUGGGUCGCACUGAAAUUCCAGUAGCAAAAAUCAGAACAGAACAAGAGAGCAAGGGACCCACAACUAAACACUUACUGCUACAUGAAGUUCCAACUGGCGAAGUCUGGGUCCGUUUUGACCUGCAACUCUUUGAGCAGAAAACACUCCUUUAAGAACACUUUUUUAAUUUAUGAAGGACAAAUGAAGCUAUCGGCCUGAAUGUUUUUUCCAAAAGCUUUUUUCCCCAA